CCGCGGACUUUUUGACUUGACAUUUGUUUAGCGUUGCACGACUUGUUUACACUUAGCAACAUAAAUAAUUAAUGAUUUGGCUUCACUUGUUUUUGAUUGACCACUUCCUUACUUAUGAUACACAUUGCUACAUAUUGUUUAUAACAUUGUCGUGUCUAGAGUCUACUGAUGUCAUGUUAUUGAACGUCCAACUAUUAACUCGUUCGUUAAAAACUGCAGCUCUUCUUCAGUAUGAGCAAAUCAGAUCCUUCGCUGAAAAAGAAAAGCUACAUGGGGCAGCACCAAAUCAAAAAGAAAAGUUUCCAGGCUCCUGAUGAGCCACCAGACGGAGACACACUGUUGCAGAAAACCCAUUACCAAUCCAGCAAAACAAACACUAGCAGAGACAGUCACACGGAUAGAGGAGCAGGGUUUCCACUUGGGGAAUCCACUUUGGCUUUAGAUGAAGAGAUGCUGCAGGUGUUGGAUGCUGUAGACCCCGUGAAGCCUGCUGUUACCGCUGCAUGUCCAACAACAGUAAACAGAAAUGCACAGGAAGAGGCAGCAUCAUCAGCUGCAUUGGCCCCUUUAUGGGCUGACAGAGCACCUAAUUCCACAGGUACUAUCUUACCCCACAGAGCCCCCAGCACCAAGGAAAGAGUGUGUGAGCGUGGUGUUGAAUCUAAUAGACCAGGAUGGAGAGCUGACUGCAAAAAUCUUGCACAGCGGCUUCUGUUCAGCGAGGACUCUGAGGAAGCGGAGCAUAGACAGAGGGGCCCAGACAAUACCAAGCCACCCCCAGCUUCUGCCUGCAUCAAUGGGCUUUCCGGUCAAGAAAUAAAAAACAGUCGGCAAGUAGGCAGCUCCACAAAUAGGCAGACACUCACUCACAGAAGAAAAAACUCUCCUGGUAGCAACGACAAAAAUGGGUCGAAUAUGAAUGCUGAUCCACCACCGGAUGUCUCCAGGGACUACAUCUUGUUCAGCCCCUCCCACCUCGCAGCUGCCAUGAAGAAAGCCAAACUCCAGCAGUCAUUACAGGAUCACUCUGCAUCUGUGCUCACCAUCCCCAGUGGCUUAGACCUCACUACUUUGAGUGACACUUUACCUCCGCCAGGCAUUGCUUUGUGUGCUCCCGCGGGACAAGCUGAGAAGCUGCUUUUAUGCAGUUGGGGCUUACCAAAACCUGUCCUGGAGCGCUACCAGAAACACGGAGUGACUCGCAUGUUCGAAUGGCAGGCUCAGUGCCUCACUGUUGGACAGGUGCUGCAGGGAGGAAACCUGGUAUACUCUGCCCCCACCAGCGCUGGAAAAACUCUGGUCGCAGAGCUGCUGAUGUUGAAGCGUGUAUUAGAGACUAAAAGGAAAGCUCUCUUCAUUCUUCCAUUUGUGUCUGUGGCCAAAGAGAAGAUGCACUACCUUCAGAGUGUUUUUGAAGAGGCAGGAGUUCGUGUGGAGGGAUAUAUGGGCAGCACCUCGCCUGCUGGAGGGUUCGCAAAACUGGAUGUGGCUGUUUGCACCAUAGAAAAAGCCAAUUCCCUCAUUAACAGACUCAUUGAAGAGGACAAUAUGGGUCUACUAGGUAUGGUUGUGGUGGAUGAGUUGCAUAUGGUCGGAGAUUCUGGACGAGGAUACCUACUGGAACUGCUCUUAACCAAAAUCCGCUACAUUUCACAGAAGCAGAACACCACUGGAUCUCUUUUUGAGGGUGUACAGAUCAUAGGUAUGAGCGCCACCUUGCCAAACCUCUCGCUCCUUGCCAGCUGGUUGGGUGCACAGCUUUACCAGACCGACUACAGACCCGUGCCCCUACUGGAGCAUUUCAAGGUGGGCUGCAACAUCUAUGACAAGAGCCUCUCUGUGGUCCGGCAGUUUACUCCUUUACUCCACGUUAAGGGCGAUGAUGACCACAUAGUGAGCUUGUGCUAUGAGACUGUGAGAGAGGGCCGCUCUGUGUUGCUGUUCUGUCCCUCGAAGAACUGGUGUGAGAAAUUGGCGGACAGCAUCGCCAGAGCAUUCUACAACAUCAGAAAUGCUGAUUGUCAGGGCGAAGCAGAGCCUCAGGCAGUGCGUCUGGAUCGUGAUGGAUUAGUGGAUGUUGUAGCCCAGCUAAGAAGAACUCCGGCUGGUUUAGACCCCAUCCUCCAUCAAACUGUGCCAUGGGGGGUGGCCUUCCACCACGCUGGUUUGACUUUCGAUGAGCGCGAUGUGUUGGAGGGUGCUUUUCGACAGUGCACGGUCAGAGUCCUGGCUGCCACCUCUACCCUCUCGUCAGGGGUUAAUCUCCCAGCUCGCAGGGUCAUCAUUCGAACCCCUACCUUCAAUGGACACUUGUUGGACCCGCUCACGUACAAACAGAUGGCCGGACGAGCAGGGAGAAAAGGAGUAGACACUAUAGGCGAGAGUGUGCUGGUGUGUAAGGAGGUAGAGCGUCAGAAAGGAAUAAGUCUCCUUACGGGUACUCUUCAGCCAAUCAGCAGCUGCCUGGUGAGAAGAGAGGGAGAGGGCGUCACCACCAGCAUGCUGAGAGCCAUCCUGGAGAUCAUUGUCGGAGGUGUCGCCAGCACGCCACAGGAUGUGAGGUCAUAUGCUUUGUGCUCACUUCUGGCUGCCAGCAUAAAAUGUGGUGGCAAAAAAGAAUCAAAUGAAGAGACUAACAAAGGCGCUAUUGAGGCCUCUGUUGACUGGCUGAUGGAGAACGAAUUCAUCAGUAUCCAGAAGGACGGACAAGAGGAGCGGUACUGUCCGACCCAACUAGGUGCUGCCACCCUCUCCUCCUCCCUCUCCCCUCCUGAGGCUCUGGGAAUAUUUGCAGAUCUCCAGCGGGCUAUGAAGGGCUUCGUACUGGAAAAUGACUUGCACAUUCUGUAUCUGAUCACCCCAUUGUAUGCAGAGUGGACUACCAUAGAUUGGUACCAGUUCUUAUGUCUGUGGGAAUUACUCCCGUCAUCGAUGAAGAGAGUAGCAGAGCUGGUGGGCAUCCAGGAAGGCUUCCUCGCAAGAUCUGUCACAGGCAAACUUGUCGCCAAGACAGAGAAGCAGCGUAGACAGAUGGCCAUACAUAAACGGUUUUUCACCACCAUUGUGCUACAGGAGCUGGUGAAUGAGGUGCCUUUGGGAACAGUGGCUUCCAAAUACAACUGCAAUCGUGGGCAGUUACAGUCUCUCCAGCAGUCUGCUUCUACAUAUGCAGGUAUGGUUACAAUUUUCUGCAAGCGUCUGGGCUGGCACAACAUGGAGCUGCUGUUGUCCCAGUUCCAGACCAGGCUUAGCUUUGGAGUCCAGAGGGAGCUGGUCGACCUUGUCAGGGUUUCUCUCCUGAAUGCCACAAGAGCCAGAGCACUGUACGCACAAGGCCUCUGUACUGUUGCUGAACUAGCCAGGGCUACUGUAGCUGAUGUUGAGAAAGCUUUGAGGAAUGCUAUCCCAUUUAAGAGCUCUAAGCGUGCAGUGGAUGAGAGUGAGGUGGAGGCAGCAGAGAGACGGAGCCUCCGCUGCGUCUGGGUCACCGGUAGUCGGGCCCUGACGGAACAAGAGGCCGCCAUUGAGAUUGUGUCCGAAGCGAGGCUCCUCCUUCAGGAAGACCUGGCCCACUUAGGAGUUCAGUGGGACCCGACAACACUUCCUCCUGGGGCUCCUGCCGAAUACAGCCCUGAUGACUCGGACACCUCAACUGCAUCAAAUUUGAGCUCACAUGAAGCACAGAUUGACAAAAAAAAAAAUCCCCAGCAAGGAAAGAAGAUUGAGAAAAGUAAAAGUAGAGAUAUUGAAAGAAAUGUAGAGGAGAAUGAGGAGAAAAACAAACGUGAGAAUGGGAUGUCUGAAAGGAAAAUGGAGGAAGAUAAAGAAACAGCCAACGGAGAGCAGGGGUCAAAGCUCCAAGACAGGGUAGUAGGCCUAAACAAAAAACCAGAGGAGCACAGACAAUUAAACAGGACAGAGCCCGAAACCAAGACGAUUAAUGGAGUGCAAGUGGAAAGAAGUGAAGGUACAAAAGGAGAGACAAAUGAAAACAUAUUAACAGCAAAUGAAUCGGAAGGUCAAGAGGAGAGAGAAAGGCAAGAGCACACAAGGCCAAAGCAAGGCGGGGGAGAGCAAAACAAAUCAGAGCCAAAAGAAGGAGAGAGGAGUAAAGAGAUUGUCUCAAUCAUACCAGAGACUCGUCAGGCAAACCGUCCUGUUCCUGAAAGGAGCCUGACACAGGAAUUAGCUGACAUCGUAUCCAGCCCCCUGCCUCUACCAAUGCCACGUCCUCAGCCCACUCCCUCCCCAAUGCCUCCCCCUCGGUUUAGAGCUCCAGUAUCCCGAGUAGAAGAACAACACAUCGUACCUGUAAGGACAUCAGAGAGAGAUGGUGCCACAGGCCUUGCUGCCUCACCUGUGCACCCAUGUAGACUGAAGCACUCGAGAGCCUUAAGCAAAGUCCUCAACUCUAUACAAACGGAAAAAAACCUACAAAAUAACAUAGCACCUGUAGAGAUAUCACACUCAAUACCCUCAGCGCCUGCAGGCCAGGCGACCACAGCAGUUAGUACUCUUGACCCCUUGGAGAAAACCCCUCCUGGUGUUUUUUCCCCUUCAGAUGCAGAUAUGUUAGACAAUCCCCUUAUUCUCUCUCCUGCGUCUGUUCCCUUAUUCUCUCCUGAGGCCAAGCGAAGAAGGAUGUACAGAGGAGAGGUAGAUACAUUUUCAUCUCCUGAGCUGUACGCAGGAGACACAAGAGCUGAAGAGGGAGAUGUUAAAAGAGGAGAGGAGAGUUUCGGUGACAGCUUUGAAUUGGAUACUCAGACAGAAAGAAUGAUUGUUCAACCGGCAUGCCAACAGAGAGAUGAGAAUGACAGAGGUAUGAGUCAAACAGUAGAAACAGAGAAGAUAGAGGGUGUGGUAAAUGCAGCUGUAAAAAUGGAUCAGGACAAAAAUGAGGGAAAUCUUGAAGCCGCUGAAGAUACAUAUCCCAGAUUCAAUGUUUCCAUCACAGAUAGUCAAAUGGAGCUCAUCCUUAACUCCAGCAACCAGGUGAGUAUCUAUAGUCAGCUGUUAUUUUCUCAUUAUAAACACACGUUCAAGUGGCUUAAAAAAAUGUAAAUAUUGUUUUUACAGAAUUCCCCUGGUCCAGGUGGAGAUAAUGAAGUUAUGAAGGCUUCCUCUGAGAGUGUUAACAGGAGCAGUAGCUUUCUGUUUGACAGCCUGUACGACAGCUCUCUGCUGGCUGGUCUCGACGAAUCAGACGAAGAGGAGCCUGUGGGCCAGGAGAUCAUAGACCCUCUUCCUUCGAUCCAGGAGCGAAGACGCAGUGAGCUUCUCGCAAAUCAGCAGGCUGAAAAUCAGGAAGCGGUCCAAUGGGGCGAGUCAUCCUUCAACCUGUCAGAGUGGGGCGACUCGCUGCUGGUGGGCGAACGCUUUCUGGAGAGGCAGAGCUUGCUCAAACACACAGAGAGAGCUCAAGGGGCCACUCGUCAAAAAGCUCAGCAACCCAAUGCAGACAAUGUUCAGCUGUCAGAAUCCCAACCCAAACUCAGUCAGAUACAGCCGCAACCCUCUACUACAACUACCACAAAUCAAAAUGAGCAUGACAAGGAAAACGGCAGUAAUAAUCAAGGCCAUAAACACACAAAUCAACAGCAUAGUUAUGCACAGGAUGACAAUAAACCAGGCAAGAGACAGGAAACGGUGAAUGAAAAGGGUGAUAAUGGUAUGCAUGGAAAGACACAAGUAAAGAGAGUUGAAAGGAAUACUGUAUUGUUGGAUAAUGCAGUUUUAAAACACCCAGAAGUCCAAAAUGCACCUGAAAGCUCUUUUUACUGCAGCCCUGGUUUGCAAGACAUCUUUGACCGCUGGCCUAGUAUGUCUGACCAGCCCUGGCAAAACACUACAGCAGGCCACCUGGCCACCCAUACAAUCAAACAUGGUGCAAACACAGCAGAAGUUCUACAGCCCCCUCAAACCUCGAUACAGGUGGAGAGAAAAGUAGUCGCGCACGUUGUUGUUGCUGAGAGUGAUUCUUGGGAGGAACAACCAUCAAGACGUGACAGUGAAAAUGUAACAGAGAGACCAGACUCUGCCGGUGAUCUUAUUCCGCCAACUCAGGAAACUCCACCUGUCACACCGAGAGUAAAACUGACGACCUCAUCUGUGCAGUCACCUCUCAUCGCUCAGCCACUCAAACAGUCGACUCCCUCAAUUCGGCUGUCACGAAAACAAUUGAUCACAAAAUGUCCUACAUCUGGUCCAGGACACAGUAAAAAUCUAUCAGUAGCUGACACUAAACAGCCUAAUUCUACAUCAGAUCGCAGCCAGGAACACCAGAGGGGAAAGAGAACAAACACUGUUACACGCUCAAGGUCAAAAACAAAACUCUUGGUACACAGUGACCAGAACCUCAGCCCUCCCGGAGGUCAUGCUUCCUCACCCCCCCGGUUGAAGCUCCCCUCUGAUGCUGAAUCCCCUGUGACUGAUGAUGGUUUCACACUUCAGCUGUCCCAGGACACAUUUCUCGGUUCUAGCAACUCAGGGGCCUUCUCCAUUGUAGACGUUGCAAGUGACAGGCGCCUCUUCAACGCGUUCAUCAAUGAGUGGAAAACAAAGGAGCGGUACUCUCUGGCUUUGGCCUAUGAAAAGAGGGAGCUGAGUAAGCAAACUGAGGAGGAAAUAGGAGGGAAACACAAGAGAGCAUCAGCAGCUAACCAGAAGCUCCACAGGGAUGAUGGGUUUCCAGUAAAAGACAGUGAUGGACUGGUGUUGAUAGGACUGUCUGUCUGCUGGGGGGCAAGAGAUGCCUACUACAUGUCUCUGCAGCAAGAGCAGAGCAAAGGUUUGAGCGCCAGUCUGGCCCCCCCUCCACUGGAUGAUGAUUUGCCAGUAAGUGAAAGGCUACAGCAGGUGAAGGCCUGUCUGAGCAGGCCGCCUACAGCUCCAACAGGAGGUGUGGUCGUCACGUUUGACAUCAUCCAGGUGUACAAGAUGCUCGUCAUGAGUUGUGGCAUCAGCUUGGAGGGCAACUAUGAAGAUCCCAAGGUUGCCUGCUGGCUGUUGGACCCUGGCAGUGAGGAGAGGACUCUACCCAACAUGGUGACGGUCUACUGUCCUGAAGAGUUACCUCUGCUGGAUGGACUUGGACACCCGCAUGCACACUGUCCUCGUGUUAGGGCAGCAACCAAGAGCGUGCUCGUACACGCAGUCAUGAACCAUCUGACUGACGGGCUAGAGAAAGACGGCAUGCUUGACUUAUUCAGAAGCAUUGAGAUGCCCUCGCAGGUGUCUUUGGCUCUGUUAGAAUUGAAUGGAGUGGGCUUCAGUGUUGAAGAGUGUGAAAGACAGAAGCAUGUGAUGCAGGCCAAACUCUCAGCGCUGGAGUCCCAGGCUUACAACCUGGCCGGACACAGCUUCUCCCUCACCAGCAUCGACGACAUAGCACAGGUGUUGUUUUUAGAGCUACACCUGCCUCCAAACGGUGAUGUAGGUGGAACCAAAGGUAAGAAGACUCUUGGCUACACCAGACGAGGCUGCGGCAGAGUACGACUUGGAAAGCAGUUCAGCACCACCAAGGAUGUUCUGGAGAAGCUUCGCCCUCUGCACCCGUUGCCUGGUGUGAUCCUGGAGUGGAGGCGGAUCACUAACGCCCUGACCAAAGUGGUGUUCCCCCUGCAGCGGGAGAAGCAGUACCACACCACACUGGCCAUGGACAGAAUAUAUCCCAUCGCCCAGACACACACAGCCACAGGUAGAGUGAGCUUUACUGAGCCCAACAUACAGAAUGUCCCCAAAGACUUUGAGAUUUUCAUGCCCACGGUGGUGGGGGAGAGCCCACCUUCACAAGACGGCCGCCACUUAAACACCAAAACAGGAAAGAAAAGACGCUCUGCGGUGGUCUCAGCUGCAGCUGGCCGUGCAGAACAAGGCCUGGCCUUCUCUGUCAGCAUGAGGCAUGCCUUCGUACCCUUUUCAGGUGGGAUGAUAUUGGCAGCUGAUUAUUCUCAGCUGGAGUUGAGAGUGUUGGCUCACCUCUCUAAGGAUCAACGCCUACUGCAAGUGCUGAAUGGAGGAGCAGACGUGUUUCGCUGCAUCGCUGCUGAGUGGAAAAGCAUUGACCCCGAGUCUGUGAACGACAACCUCCGACAACAGGCAAAACAGAUUUGCUAUGGCAUUAUCUAUGGGAUGGGAGCUAAGUCUUUGGGGGAGCAAAUGGGAGUGGAGGAGAAUGACGCGGCCUGCUACAUAGAGAGUUUUAAGGCUCGAUACAAAGGGAUCAAUGCUUUUCUGAGGGAAACUGUGAAGAACUGUAUUAAAAACGGCUAUGUUCAGACUCUGAUGGGCCGCAGGAGGUACCUACCUGCGAUCACUGACGCCAAUACGCACUCCAGAGGGCAUGCAGAGCGUCAGGCAGUAAACACAACGGUGCAGGGUUCAGCAGCAGACAUUGUGAAACUUGCCACCGUGAACAUCCAGAAACAACUACGAAAAACAUAUCCCGCAGCUCCCCUCUCUCACCAGCACACACACUCAGCCAGCAAUAAUCACAGGUGGCGAACGUCUCAACUCAGAGGAGCAUACUUUGUAUUGCAGCUGCAUGAUGAGCUCAUUUAUGAAACCACAGAGGAAGACCUCAUACAGGUUGCUCAUAUAGUGAAGAGGGAGAUGGAGUCAGCGGUAAAACUGUACGUAAAGAUGAAGGCCAAAGUCAAGGUGGGACCCAGCUGGGGCAACUUGCAGGACCUAGAUAUAUAAUGAAUAUGUGUUGCCAACAAAAAAUACAUUUUGUUUAAGGUUCUAUAAUAUAUGUCUAUCCUUUGUACAAAGAUCUGUAUUUUUAAUCGCUAAGUUAAAAAUGAAAUGCAAGAUAACAUGCAUAUGAGCUCUAAAUGAACUAUUGAAUGUAUUUAUAUUCUUCCACCAGUGUACAGUUACCAAUUAUAUUUCGAGUAUGGAAUUGUAUUUACUGACAUCCCAACACUUGACAUGAGAUGUUAUGCAAGAUGAUAUUCUAUUUAAUGCAAUACAUGAAAUCUUGGUGCUGCAACAGUUAUUUUCAUGAACGAGUAAUGUGCCAAUUGUUUUUUUUUGGUGAAUUGUUCACUUUAUGAAAUGUCAAUUUUUAACAAAGGAACAGAACUUCUUCCCAGAGCUGUUUAGCUGAAGUGUAUGAAUGUAUUAUUAUAUUCAACAAAUAGCCUGUAUCUAAUAUACAUUCCAUAUUCUGUGUGAAGCUGGAACUAAAGUCAGUUUUGCCUUAUUUUCACUACUUCAAAACAGAUGAUUGAAACACUUCAAAUAAAAAUAAGUAGUUGAAGAUUUAUUUUCUGCGAAAAAGUAAUUGUUUCAUAUCUACUGUUACAUAUUAACAAAAAGACACACAGCAGCUUUAGUCUUGUGGACGUCCUGAAAUCGCAUAUUUUAUUGGACCAUUGGUUGAGUUGUCUGUCACAGGAACAUACAUCAUUGUCACAUGUUGACAUUGUUCUGUUUACACUUAUGACAUUCACUGCACAUGAAAUGUUGUCGAUAUGAUAUGACAUUUCCUGUGUAAUGUGAAAUUCUGAACCUCUGGUUAUGGGGAGAAAAAUAAACGUGGCCAAAGAAUCUUUUUGUGUCUUGGAACUUCCUUCCAGAGCGCCUGAAGGUCCUCAAGACCAAAUAUUGUUUCAA